UUUUUUUGCGUAAUAAAACGUCAAAGAGUUGUGAAUGCAAGAUGCCAAUUUUCGUGUGAAUUUCUUGGAGAACAUCCCCCAAAACACCCAGGAGGUCAUCUCAGUGGUGAAAAGAGUGCAUGAAAAUCCUUUCUGGCUAAUUUUUGAGUGCAAUUGAGGAAAAAAUCGAGGCAGGAGGACGAAAAUCCAGGUGAGUUCCUUUUGUACCACACCCCAAAUGUUCUUAUUUUGGGGCAUCUCAUCGGGUUUGCGAGGACAUUGGAUGCGUAUGUGGGGUGAUUCCCUCUUGGGGGUGUCUAAAGAAGAGCUCCUGAUGGGAAUUUGGGCAGAGAAUGGCAAAAUAUCUGGAUUUUUUCGUGGUUUUCUGUGUCAAAGAUGGCUCUCAUCGAGUCAUGCAAAUUCCAUCGCACAUUUCACCCAAUUCUACCUUUAGGAUGGAGUUGUUGUUCCUUGACGGCGUAUCCUUGGGGGCUACGGAAGGAGUCUGUGGCGAGAUUGUUGGGAAAAGGCAAUUCAAUGUGAUAUUUACUUGCAGAUGAAAAUUACGCAUUUUGUUUGAUUUGAUGGAAUAUUUGGGCCGGGGCGAUGUCAGCGCCACACACCGGUGUAGCUGCGGAACUAUUUGUGACAGCAAGGCUGAUGACCACGAUGCUUUGCAACGUCCGCAAUUUUAUCGAAAAAAUACCUCUUAUCACUUGAUAAGGCGGCCAAAUGAGGCGUCGUGCGAUAGAGUAACUCUCCAGGUAUCUGAUUGAUAAGGUGGAUUUGGCUGACAAGUUGAUUUUCAGGGUGAUUUUGCUCAGUAGAAAAAUCACCUUUUGCCCAUCGCUUCAGCCCAAUAUUGUAUCUGGGCAAUGUCCCGGAAAUUUGCAUCUAAAGUGCACCCAGACUCGCCAGGAAGUCCAUCAAAGCGUGGAAAUUCCCUAAAGGCACCCCAGAGGUCGUCCUCACGGCGCAGUGCUGCCCCAUUUUCGCGCGAGACGCUGCAAAAAGGUGCCUGAAAAAUUGAAAUGUCUGUGAAUCACGGUCUCUGUGUGUAGUGAUAAGAUGUGGACAUAGCCCGAGCUGUUUUCUAUCCUCACGGUGGUUUUGCAAGACGAAUCACCGUCCCAAAAUAGCCUAGAAGAAUCCCAAUCUCUCGCUCUCGGGCGCCAUCCUGUGCGUCUGCGUGAGAUGCGUGAUUCCCUCUUUCUCUCUGAAACUCGCCGUGCUAUCGCAAAGGCACCCAUUGACCACUCACACACGGCUAAGCGAGAUCUAGAAGACACUAAACUCCAAUUUUUCACUCAUACAGAUGUACUUUUUGGCUUUUCUAUGGUUUUGUAUCUAAAAAUUAAGGAAAAUUCCUUAGAUUUUCAUGGUUUUUAAUGUUUAUAGUUUUAUGAUGAGAAUGGUGUCCUUAUGCUAAAAUCUUGGCUUGUUGGAUUAAAUGUUUUUGAAUGAUUGAAUAGUCUAACUUCUAAUAAAGUCAGGGAUCGAAAUCUAAGUCUAUAUUAUGGUCUAUAAGAUCUAAUAAGAUUUGGCAGAACUCUGGCUCUUCUAUUUGAUUCUUUGAUUGAGACAAGGAUACAGCUUAACAGGAUAAAAUGAAGGAUAUAGAUUCUCAGCAGAAUUGUUGUUCUAUUGAAUCCCUUAAGUUUCAUUACACAGCCGAUUCAAUCAAUCUAUACAUAGAACCAUUCGUGAUCACGUAUCUUAGUGUUGAUUCACUGAAGCACGACGGCUUUUUGCACAAAAUCUCGUGUACUCGGCGUGAGUGAGUGUGUGUGUGUGGACACAAGAUGAGUCCGACGACUCCCAAAAUUCACUAUUCGACUUCUCUGAUCCACAUUCUCUCACACACAGCAUUUUCUCAUCUCUCGAGGAAAAUUCUCACCCAAAGUGCAAAAAUUGCGAUCAAAUGUAGAGAUUGUGCCUCUCUGGGUGGAUUCGUUUCUUGGGUGUUCGAGGGGAAAGGCAGUGUUGCGAAAACUUUUUAACAUUCACAAUUUUCACUCAGCACGGCGGGUUUUCCUCAACUUUUCUCUUUUUUUUUGGGGUGCUCCUUAAGGUGUUGAAAACACAAGAAAAAGGCACUCGCUUUUCUCCUAUUCCCGCGGAUCUUCCGCGGUAAUUGUGCGUGAAGGAUUCAUCGUGAUUGCAGUGAUUGCGAGAGGUGAGUGCGAGAGGUGAAUUGCAUAAGUUUGUGAUCGAGAAUAUUCCAAAAGUUUUGAUUAGAGAGAAAUCAAAAGAAAAAAUUUACUAAAUUCUCCCAAAGACGGGUGAGAAACGAACUCAUCUAUGGGCCUCGUGCACGCCAGAGGGGAAUUUUGUGAAAUAAUUUUGCUAAAAUAGAGAAAAUAUAUGACAUUUAAAUGCACGAAAAGUGUGUAGAAAUCAUAAUCUUUCCAUCACACAUUCUCCCGUCAGUGGAGAAAUUUCCGUUUUCAUAAAAAUAAAUUCUCAUAAAUUUAAUUUAAAAUUGUAUCCUCCCGUGUGUGCUGCUGCGCGAGAGAGUGGAAUCCUAACGACAGUGUUGUGUGUCAACUUGGUGGCCAGAAAAAUAGAAAAAAAAAGUUGCGCGAGUAGAGUUGAGCAAAAAAAAAAUAAAAAGGUGACAAAAGUGUGAUAAAAGCGAUCUCCUCGUGCGACACACAACAUCAGUGACCAGGAAGAGGUGGUGUGAGCCGAAACCGGGGAGGAUGCCGCGGGAUGAGCAAAAGGGGCCAAAGUGAGUGCUUAGAUGCGAUUUAAUCGUGGUGUCAGGACGUGGCGAAAGUCUCCGUGGCGGCAUGCAAGAUUGGUCCGUGUGACGACUUCUGGUGGCCCCAGGAAAUUAUGCCCGUUAGCACCGAUUAUGGCGAACCACCUACAAAAUGCUGCAAAUAUUGCGAUGAGUUUACGGAUAGCGUGGAUGGACCUGUAUCGUGGCGUUUAACGCUCGAUCAGGAUCUUAUUGACACGCUCCAACGAAGUUUUCCAAAUUGGUUCAAUUCCACGGCCAUUUGUGAGUCUGAAUCCGUGAAUAUUUCCACCAAUUACCACUUUUCUGGGCAAUUGCUGACAUCCAUUGACAGAAUGGCUGAAGGCGAGCGUUCAGCAAAUACAGCAUCAACGGACAAUACGAGUUCAUCACUAACAAGUGGUUUAAAUACAAGACAUUCACCGCCUAAGGCUGUUGUCGAUUCCAGUCCGCUGCAGCCGGCGAUGGAUAAGAACAAAGAAUCUCUCAAAGUGAAGCUAAUGAUGCGAAGGCCCAUCACUCAGUUGGUGGAGCAAGGGAUUCUGCCACCCCUAAAGACAUCGCCGGCAAUUCAUGAGCAGCGAAAGCAGCUGCAGAGAGCUAAAACGGGGGAUUUGCUAAAAGCAAAAAUCCAACAGCGACCAGAUCGGCAGGAGUUGGAAAGGCGACACAUUUUGGAGCAUGAUGAGAGUCAUGUGGAUCCGAGUUUGGCGGAGAAGCAGCGAAUGCUGAAGAAGGCAAGGCUGGCGGAUCAGUUGAAUUCGCAAAUUUCACACCGUCCCGGACCGUUGGAGCUCAUCAAGAAGAACAUCCUGCACACAGAGGAGCCCAUUGAGAGGAUUGUCAAGGAGGGCUUGGUGACGUUCAAGGCAACAAGCGAAGGGCUCCUGAGUCGCCCCCAGCAGCCACAUAGCUACAUCACAUUCGAGGAGGAUUCCCAGAGUUCCGAAGGGGAUCAACGAUCAAGUCCUGCCCGGGGUUCCUCCACGGGGAGCGAUGUAAUUGAAACAGCAGCAGCAUCAGCGGGAAUUGUAACAGUUGCCCUGACAAUCCCCACAACGGGUGGUGCUGUAAUGGUUACAUCUGCUACACCAGUCCUUCAGAGCAAAUUCCACUCAAUUCUCGCACCAUAUGUGACUUCGGCACCACCACCACCGCCCCCAAUGCCCAUAAAGAGUGAAACAAUCCAAAUAAACUCCGAAACACCGCAGAGAUUUGCCGAACUCUGCCAAUCUGUUGUUGGCUACGUCACCACGAAUUCCACAUUGAUUCCAAUUGCCCCAGCACCGAGUCCCUCAUCGCUGGCAUCAACAAGUUCGAGCUUAAGUCCCAUUUCGUCUGUUCCAUCGCCGCAGCAGCAGCAGCAACAGCCCGUACGGCCGGCUUCAAUUGUUUCCACAACACCCAAAUCCGAUGCACCCGGAAAGGAUAAGUACCGGAAGAAGAGUAAAAGUAAACCCGUUGUGAAGGCGCGUCCAAUUAAAUUCCACGAAUACAAAGGUCCGCCAAAUGCACAGAAAACCAGCUCAUUGGCAAGUAGUGCGCAAUCCGAGGAGACAUCCUAUCAGUUGCUGCUGAAGCAACAAAACUGCCUCCUUGAGUACCUCGAAGGGCUCAACAAGACAUCGAGUCAAUUUAUCCAACAAACACCCAUUAAGUGCGAAUCAUCCGCAAGUAGUGUGAUCUCACAGCCAAUGCCGUCGCCAGCACAAUCAGUAGCUUCCUCAACAACGGAAAGUUGUUCAGGUAUUGCCGUGGAAACCACCACAGCGGCGGAAAUUGCAAAAUUGGAAAAGAUGAAAGUGUACGACCUGAAGUUGCAGCUUAAAAAGCGAAAUCUUCCCGUUUCCGGACCUAAACCCCAGCUAAUUGAACGCCUUAAGCCCUACCUUCCGCUGGAACCGGUUGCCGUGGCACCGGGACCGGAUUCAACGGCUGGAAGUGAGGUAGCAGAUCUCGAUGUUGUGUGCUCAAUGUCACCGGAAUCGGAUGAACCGGAGGGUAUGGAGGUGCAACCGUAUGAUGCGACAAUGGAUGAAAUAAUGUCACCAGCUGUAAUGAAUGAGGAUCUGGUGAAGGAGCAACAGAGGAAGAUUGAUGAGUUGCAGCGGAAACUCAAGGAGAGUCAAGAUGAAUUGCUGCAGAUGCGUCAGAGUCAACCACCCGUAGCGGUAUCAACGGAACCACCACCGCUUACGCAGAAGAUGAUUGUGAAGCAGCAACUUGAGGCGAAGAUACAGAAGGAGAAGCUGCAGCAACUGGAGAAUCUGAAGCGGCAGCAGAAGCAGGAGAUUAAGAUUGAACCGCAACCACAACCGCAGCAGCUGCAAGUUAGCGAUGGGCCAAUGCAGCAAAUAACCGAUGCGCAAUUGCAGCAAAUUCAAGCCGCUGCUGCGGCGGGUAAGAAUAAUGUGGAGAUUGUGUGGAACGGUGAACCGACACUCCUGCUUGUUGGGUUGCGCGAUAAGAAGGAGAACCUGAGUCAACAGACAUCCAUUCCAAGAAUACUCGUACCGAUUGCUGCCAAGAAUGACGUUGAUACGUCAACGGGGACCAUGCUAAAGCCGCAGGAGAUUCAGGUGGUUGGUGUGAAGCAGGAUCCACAGCAACAGGUUGCGGUUCGUUUCGAUGAGAUGCCACCAGCGGAGGCAUUGAAAUUCAUAACGGCUCAAGCUGCGUCAACGGCUACAAGUACACAACCGGCUACAAAGACAAAUGGGAAGAUACCGCAUCGGAAUUCUCAGAUGAUUACGGACGUCCUUGAGAUUCUAAUCAGGAAUGGGGAACUUCCGGAGUCAGCAGCACAAAUACCCGCAACACCAACAACUCCGGGAACAGUUGCUGGAGCGCCGCUAAUGGAGGGGAUUGUCUUUACAAAACCUAGCGCUACUGCCGCGGUAAGGGAGGUCCAGCAGUUUAGUGGGCAGGAGAAUGGGAUGAGUACAAGUGGGGGUGAUGUUGAGAGUAUGGAUUUGUUGUCGCCACUUCAUCCGGAUCCGUCAAUUGAUGCGGAAAAUGCCGUUGAUACGCUCAAUAUGUUCCUGGAGCAGACAUCAACGGACCUCGAUGCGGGUGGCAAGGAAUGCGAUCAUGUGGAUCUCAAUCAUUUCGAUGAUCUUGCAUUUAUGGAGUUGAUGAACCAUCAAAUGGAUAUGGAUAUAACGGAAGAUAGUCCAGCUGAGCAGCCACCACCACCGCCGCCCUACAGUCGAACGCGCCGUGAAAUGAAUCCGAGUCUUCAACCCUCACUGUCGGAGUUGAUUCAACAACAAUCUGGCGGUGGUUUCUUCAGCAAUGGUUCCCAAUCGUCCACAACGGGGAACAACAAUCACUCCUCUAUGAGCAAUAAUAAUCUCGUGAGUGAGAUCCAAAUGGAAAUGGAUGAAUUUUCCAAUUCGCUGCCACCAUUUGAUUUUCCCGCUCUCGGUGGUACCCUAAGUCACGAUGUGGACAACCCAACGCCACCGUUCACCUUCAGCACAAUGGGCAGCCUUACUAGCAUAUCCGCCACAACUGCCGACGAUGCAGUACCAACAACGAAUGUCGUCACAACAUCCCACUGUGGUGCUGAACAGAAUCUCUACGAUGCUGCACAUGUUGCCAUGCAGCAGGAUAAUCUGCUGGAUUUGCUCAGUUUCGAUGAUCUCCGUAUGUCCGGGGAAUCAAUGCCAUGGAGUGAGGUUGAUUUUGCCGUCUGAGGUUGGAUGGCGUGCCGAAGAGUGGCCUAAAACAUUUAAGAACUUACAAACAUGCUUCAUGGCUCAAUAGUUGGGCAUAUUAUGCAUUAAUCCUUAAGCAAAUAAGGCGCGCAGAGAGAUUUGCGAGAUCUAAUACGCAGAGAGAACGCCGAAAGUGAUGAGAAUCUUCCCUCGAAAGGACACAAUCCCAUUAAUGGACUUCUACAGCAACAAAAUAAAAUCAUAUUUUCUAAUAUUUUCUAUAUAAAAUAAAAUAUUUAAUCCACUAUUUAAGGAAUAAAAAAAAAAAUACAAAAAUGAAUGAUUGGGAAUGUUUCAAAAAUAUUCCCUUCGUCAAAGUCAAAACUGGGUAUAUAAUGCAUCCAAGAUUGCUCCCAGAAGAGAAUCCCACGCAUAUGUGGUUGAGUGUGCAAAAUGAGCUGAAAGGAAAGCUUCUUAUUAUCUGUAUAGGAUGAGACUAACAUUGAUUAUGUAAGUUCAGCUUAAUCCAUCAUGACCAAUAUAUUGUUUAGGGAGUGAUUGUGAGAGAGAGAAAGGAACGCACGAGAAGACACAAACUCUACUAGUAUGGACUAACUGCUAAAAAAAAAGAAUUAAUGAGAAAAAAAAACUUUGAAAAAAAAUCAGCUUAGGUCUCUUGGGAAAACUGUUGGAAUUGACAUAUUUUUAAUGUUUUUAUUUUUCUUGGGGUUUUUCUUAAACUUGGUUUCCAAAUGUUGGUUUCAUUUGUAGCCUAAUUGUUUAAGUGUAAGAAAGUCACUUUCUGCCAUCUUGUGAUAUUCCUCAAAACACAAAAGUAGGUUUUUCUCAGGAUCUACCGGAUGGAUUUUGAUGGGGUAAAAAGCAAAUGAAAGAGGAAGCAUCAGUGGACAAUGUACCGGAAUAGAUUUUAGAAUUUCGAAUUAGAAGCUGAGAAAAAUAGUAAUAUCUUCUUAUUGACUUUUCUCAGCUUCUAAGUCGAAAUUCAAAAAUCUGUUCCGGUUCAUUCUCCGCUAAUGCUUCCUCUUUCAUUUGCUUUUUAUUCCAUCAAAAUCCAUCCAGUAGAUCCUGAGAAAAACCUAUAUUUGUGUUUUAGGGUAGUUCUGUGAAAAGGUCUAAAAAUCUCAAGAUGGUGUCGCACCUAAGAUGGCGAAAAGUGAUUUUCUUACAUUUCAAUAAUUAGGCUACAAAUAUAACCAACAUCGGAAAACCAAGUUUAAGAAAAACUCCAAGAAAAAUGAAAUGUGUAAAUUCUAACAGCUUUCCCAGGAGACCCCCCUUUAAAAGUCGAUAUUUAAGGACAAAAUUGGAUGACAAGAGAAAGAUCAUUCGGGAUAAACAGAAAUCCUACAUAAAAUAGACAUUAAUGAGAAUGUUUCUCCUUGAGAAAUAACUAUAUACAUAAUACUAAAAAAAAAUGUAGAUUUUGAUGAAAAGAAAAGCAUGAUAAUAUUCUAGUUAAAUUUUUAACAAUUAAUUCCAGUGAUUUUUUAUUGAAAUAAUAAUAAAAAUAACUUAAAUUUUAUGAUGAAUUGAUGAUGAAGGACGAUUGGAUAACAAAAUAUUCGAGAUGUGGAAGAAUAAAAAUGAAAAAAUUAAUAAAUUAUAAGUGCCUGCGAGAUCAUUGUGCAUCAAUCAAUGAGAUUAGACAAAAUUUUACUUAAAAUGUGUGUCUCAAUUUUAAAAGAAAUUCAUUAAAAAGAUUAAACAAAAAUUAAUUUAAAUUUAAUUUAUAAAUCAGAAUGUGAAUUUUUAUGGAAAUUUCAAGUGAGAAAAGGGGGAUUUUAUGUUAUAAAUCUUCUGGUUGAAUUCGAAAUAAAAAACUUAAAAAUAUUAAAAAUAACUUAAAAGUUAUUUUCAAUUAAAAUUUAAACUCUGAUUGAAACAUUGGCGCAAAUGUUUCAUGGAUUGGAACAUUGAAACAUGCGGUCUUUUAUUCUUGAUUUUUAUUCUACAGAUGCUCUUAGAACUAAUUCUUAGUUAGAACGUAUUCUUUGCCCUCAUUUUCGUGAAUUUAACGGAUUUCGAAGUUGAAAAAAAAAAAACAAUCAAAUUCAUUGAAAUUCAGAGAAAUCUAAUGUUUCACGUUUGGAUCUACGUAUGACCCAAAAAACACGAAAGAGUUAAACAAUCUUUACUAAACUUUUCUUCAAUGUCCUAAACUCUACAAAAUUUAAUUUAAAAAAACUUAUGCAAAUUUUAAAAUAAAGUUACAAACACGAAUAAAUAUGAAUAAACUCCUUUCUCACUUUGAGAAUUUUCCAUUGAAAAAAAAAAUAAAAUGAAGACACACAAGAAAACUUUUUUUUUCUAAGAAGAAAUAACAACUUAAAUUAAAAUAUUGAUAGUAAAUGCGUGGAUAAAAUGUCCAGCAUGGAGGAAAAAUUGGAAACAGAGAAAGAAGCGCAGGGCAGCACAUUAACGAUAAAAGAAAAAUGUUUAAAAAAAAGGAGAAGAAAAGAAUCCAGUGAACAAGGAGAGAUAAAUGUAAAUCCAAAAUGCGAAAAUGUUGCAAGAAUUUUCGUUUUGCUUUUUGUUCUCCAUUCUCUCCUCUUAUUUUCAUGUUUAAGAUUAAUGUAUUACCUCCAUUCUCACGUGAAGGCACACAGUCAAAAAGGAAGAGCUGAAAAUCUAAUUAAUUUAUGUUUUGUGUUCAGCACAUUGUUUCACUUUCAUUUUAUUAUUUUAUUUUAAAACCAGUUACUAUCACGAAUGGCGGUGAGAAAUGAGAGAGGAGGAAAAAAAUUAUACUUGACGAGUCAAAAUAACUUUGAAUCUAUGCAGGAUUUUUUUAAAUUGAUUUUUCAGAGAAGAAAAGCUCACAAUUCCCAUCUGGUGAAUGCCGAAGAACAUUCAGGUGUUGAUCAUGUUUAAAGAUCACACAAAUUGACACCCACGCUCUCUUCCAACCUCUAAUAUGUAGCUCGUUUAUGAAUAUGAUUGAGAGAAUCGAGAGAGCAAUAUUGAUGAAAAAAAAAAGAGAUUUGUUCAUGUAAACAAACAGCGUGAGAAAGACGAUAAGAAUGUGUUGGGGGUUUAAGUGUUUCAAAUAAAUAACUCUUAAAUUUUGCCAGCACAUUUCAAACAGAGUGAUGUAACUGCAGAUGAAGAAAAUAUCGCCACUAAAUGUUCUCUCCUGGGCAAAUUAUAUUUGAGUUCUCCACGGGGUUUUUAUUGCAAAUUUUCAAACGUGUUGUUUAUGAAUCUCUAAACCAUCACACAAGACAUCAAUUUUGAGUAUCUUGAACUGUGCGAGACAAGUGCAUAUGUUUACAAAUUAUAUUUUGCUAUUACACUGUUGCAUUUUAGCUAUGUAGUUUGUGAGUGUAUAUAGCCUUUCGGGGAGAUUUAUGACUUUAAUUUGAAAAUUUAUAUUCGUACCAGAGAAAUUAAUUUGUGUGCCAUGUUGCUGGUUUGAUGUUGGGGCAGAAAAAAAACCCCGUUGGGCUAUUCAUUUUCAUUGGGGGAAAGCGCGCUAUUUAUACAGAGCUUUUUUUAUGCUCUUGGCAGACUAGAAAUUUAAAUCCCCGCCAAUGAAUUAAGCUCAUUCAUGAAUUUUUUAUUGCUUUUAACACCUAAAAUUUGCAAAAUAGACAACACAGACGUAGGAAGAAGUCUGCGUUCAAUUGAAGCUUCCAAAUAAAAACAAAUAGAGAGCUUUCGGAGAAUAUUUUCCAAAAGCUCAAAAGUAACAAAACGACGCAAUAAGUUUUUCCAUAGAGUGAAUUAUGCGAAGGCACAAAAGGCGAAAACUUACAAAGAAGGGAAAAAAAGAAAACACUAAUUACUGCCAUUUAAUUCCAAUUUAAAGCUCUUCUCACGGGACUUUUGAAUAAAGCCAAAAAGCACAACGAAAUAUCCUCUUAAUUGUAUGAGAAAUGAUUAUGUAGUCUCACAUAGACAUGGGGUGGUAUUCUUUCUCUCAUUUUGAUAAAUGAUGAAAGUUGAGGAAGGAACCGAGAAAUUGUAUGAAUUAUUCUUCCCAGAAGACUUUUGCAUGCACGAAGAGACAAUUCCCCUAACGCAAAAGAAGGGACACACGAGCACACAGAGAGGACCCAGAGAGAGAGAGAGUGGUGGGGGUGUAAUUACAAGAAUAAUUGUUGCAAUAAUUGCAAACACAGCUAAUUCAAUUUAAAAUGAAUCGUGAGACUUUUUAAAUGUCUCUACGUCACAUUUUGUGAUCUCCGUGAGCUUUUCUUCAGCCCUUAAAGAACCAUGACAAUGACAAUAUUUGCCGGAGAAGGUGUGUGAGAAUGUGUGUGGGGAGGAAGGUUGAAAAAUAAUAAGUCAUAGAGGAAGAAAUUUAUGGAAGUAUGGGAUGGAUUUUGGGGUGUUGUCUAUUGCUUGAGAAUUCUCCCAAAAUUAAUGGAUAUGAUGUGUAAAUGGGUCUAUAGAAAUCACAGGACAAAAGUGAUUAAAUUCCUUCCGGGAAAUUUUGCGACGACAAGGACGAAGAGCAAUAGAGGGAGAGAAAAUGAAGGAAAUAAUUUAUGCAUUUAAGAUGAGAAAAUACGAAUGGGAAGUGAUAAAAAUAAUAAAGCAAAUCCCGUUGGGUGUGAAUUUGCUAUAUAUUUGAACGGGAGAAGGACGAAAGAAUGGAAAGAAAUGGCACAGGGACAUUUGUCACGCAGGAUCUCCGUGGAGGGUUGAGGUCAUAGGGAAUGAUAUGUGUGAGAUUUACCAGUUAACCUUUGGAAUGCGGAGGCCUUGGAGGUUACGUAGAAUGCGAAGGUGGGGUCGUUGAGCGACCCCAAAAAGAAGGCCAAUUUUCUCCCAAACUAUACAACCUGGAGUUGUCGGGUUAGUGCCUAUAGAUUCCUUAUAUAGUCCUCUUGCACCCUGCACCACAAAUUUUCCACCACAAAACACGUAGAAGAAGAUAUUUGGGAAAAACAUUUUUCACUCAUUUUUCACAAUUUCUUUUUGAGAAAUUUGCCAAGAAACUGCAAUUUUUUUUUCACUCUUCCCCACAUUCCCCUCACUUCCCGCAACGUGAUAAAUGGCAAUAUUUCUCGAAUAUUCUUUAUUGUUUUGCACAUUUACAUGCUUCUAAUUAUGUUUUAUGUUGCUUAUGCUCUAAAAAAUUUUCCGCAGCAUGGCCGUUACACCAAUUUUUGAAUUCCCUUCUUCUACAUUUUCCUUAAUAACUUUUCUUGUGGUGGUCGGAUUGAGCUGAAAUUUUUACACAACCUCCUCAGAUAACCAAAGAACUUAUUUCCAAAAGAUGGGAAUGGUAUCUUUUAUAUUUAUGGAGAUAUAACACGAAAUAUAGCGCUGGGGUCGUUCAACGACCCCGCUCCGCAUUCCAAGGGUUAAUGUUCACACCGUAUUAUAAAGGACUGUUGCUCAGUAAGUUUCAGAAGAGGUUUUUAGAAUCUUUGGAAAGGCUUUUUUUAAGGCCUAAUAGAACGAUUGAAAAAUUGGCUUAAAGAUAAAGAAAAGCUCUUCUUAAAAAUAUCCCUUUUUCAGGAAAUUAAAGUAAAGAACAAGAAUCACGAUAAAAGAAAAAACAAUAAUUUUAAAUUAUUUGAAUAUCGUCUAUUAAAUCCAAUUUUGCUCAAUUAAAUAUUCAUAAAAUAAAUCAUAAAAAAUGAAUGAAUAAAAUUAAUUUAUUGAAUUAAGCUCGAGUGUUUCAAAAUCAAUAUCAUCAAUUAAUAAAUAAAUUAAUUGAUAUGGAAUGCAGAAAAAAAUAAUUGCUUAAAAAAUGUUUCAUUUACUCUCAUGGGGCGUAAAAUGGAUGCGAAAGCGCUUCGUUUAAAGUUUAAUCCUAAAGUUUAAAAGUUGAAACUUUCUAAAUCACUUUAAUUUUUUUUUAAAUUAGUUAUCCGUUUUAUUUUUAAUUCUAGUUUUGGAAAAUUUUCUAAAGCUUUAGAAUACCUACAGAACAACCCUCUUCGCUAUUGGCCUAAACACUCUAAAGCUCUGACAGUUUAGGUUAUUUUUUAGAGUUUAAAAUAAAAAUAUUCCAGCCAAAUUAUUACAAAAGAAAUUAAAAAAUUAUUUUUUUCUGCGGUCUAAAAAAUGUCAAGUGAUUAAAUAAACGUCAAACACUAAAAAAGAAGUGUCAAAUAAGAAGUGUCAAUCGUUUAAUUUAACGUCAAACGUAAGAAUAAUAAUCAAACGUUUGAAAAGAAAUAAUAAACGUUAGAAAAAAAAACGCCAAGCACAAGAAAAUAAACGUCAGACAUCAGAGACGUCAAUCGUAAGAAUUGUCAAAAAAAAUUGAAUUUGAAUGCAACGAAAAAAUUCUUGAAUAGAUUUUACACUACGUCGGAACAUCAUAACACAUACAUAACGAUCCUGUCCAUUUUAUCAGAAGAUUCUAGCGAAGAUUCUAAAAACUUUGAGAGCAACACGUGUAUUGAGACUCGAAAGCAAAGAGACAACUAACAAAGUCGCACAAAAUGCUUCCAUAAAUAAAAAUGAUUAAAGUUAAUGCAAAACGGAAAAAUAUAUAGCAAACAUUUUCCUCCUUGCCCUCGUUGGCGUGUGUCGCCCGUGCGUGUAAUUUUAUACUUUUUUCUUCACCCCCCGCGUGCUGUUGGGGUCGAGAGGGUGAGGGAUGGUUAGAAGAAGAAAAAAAAGGCACAGAGAAAACUUAUUCGUUGACAAAGUGGAGGGAAAAAAAUGUUGUGCUUUCCACGCUGAGCCGUCCCCCGAAAAAAAAAUCAAGGGGGGUUGAUGGCACAGUGUGUAUGAGUCUGUGUGUGUGAGUAAACAGAGAGAGCUUGAAUCAGGGAUUUGGAUGAGAAAAGAAAGCACUGUGUGGUGUAUAAAAAAAAGAGAAAGUUUCGAGGAUAAAUAUAAAAAAAUACGAUAUAGAGUCUAAUGAAUUACGUUACAUAAUAAUAAUAAAUUUACUGAAAGUAAACUACAGGUGAACUACGGCGAGAAUAACAAUGUGUAAUGAUUAGUAAUUGAUAUUACAUUAUGAUUUCUUUUUUCUUUUCUUUGUAUAACAUGCUGAUACGAAAAUUGAUUUUUAAUUUUCUCAUUUUCAUUUUACAUUCUCUCUUUCCAACGUAUCCUUUAUGGAACAUUUUUACAUUAAUAUGAUUUGAUUAAAUUGAAUUGAUGAGAGCAUGAAAAUAUAUUUUCUAAAUAAUCGUGUUUCUCAAAAUUAAACAAUAAAAUUAAAUUCUCCAUUUUUUUUGUGAAAAAUGUAAAGGAAGUGAGAAGGAAUUGUUUUGUCAGGUGCUGUUCCAAGGUUUUCAUUGAAAAUUUUCAAUUUUAGCGUUUUAGUCUCUUUAAUUUUAAGUUACUAAAUUAAGAAAAAGCUAUUAAACUUAAAAAAAAAGAAAAUGAAUAUAAUUGCAAAAUAUACAAAAUGCAACAUUUUGAGCAAAA